AUGUUAAUACAAACGCCCCCGCAAAAUCAGCAGAUUUAUAGCAGGCUGACGGCUGACGGCGCUCACAGUCACAGCCACGCGAACCCAAGUAACGCUUCGGUGGACUCUCAGCCCGUUACAAAUCCUGUUUACUCAGACAGAUCGCGCGACCCACACGAGCCGCGAGACAGCCGCGCCGAAACACGCGCCCAGGAGCACGUCACCGCAGAACGUCAACACGUCACCGCAGAACGUCCACACCCGACCGCAACCACGAUGACGACGGCGAUCAAACCUCGUCUGCCUAUGACGAACAUCUCCAUAUGUGACGGCAACAGGCUGACGAUCGUUACAGGACCGUGUAUUCUUCUGAAGGCGACCACGGUUGCCCAGCAAGUGCAGGCGCUGCGACCCCUGAAACAGAUCAAACCUAACGAGGAACCAGAGGCGCUGAGAUGCAAGAGGAGGAUAGACUUCCAGAAGCUAGGAUACACUCUACCCAAAGCGCAGCCUGCAACUGUUCAUAGACGCAAUGCAAGAGAGCGCAACAGAGUCAAACUGGUAAACCUCGGGUUCGAAACUCUGCGGGAGCACGUACCAAGCGGAAAGGUGAACAAGAAACUCAGUAAAGUGGAGACUCUACGAUCAGCAGUGGAGUAUAUCAAAGAACUGCAAAACAUCCUCAACUGCUAUGACGAGGAGACUUCGCCGUCGCCCAUGGAUGUAGGUAGUAACUUCGAACAGACCAUCACAGAUUCUGACGUCAUUGGAGGCUCCCCCAGCAUCUCAGACACGUCCAGUCUGUGUUCACCGGAACAUGACCACAACGACAACGCGCUCAACAGCUACGUGGACGGCAGUUCGGCCGUGUCGGACGAUGACUAUAAGAUAUUCUCUGUUGGCGAUAUAGACAGUGCUCUGUGUGGGCAUCAACAGAUAACGAGUUCAGUGGACAGUGCUCUGUGUGGGCAUCAACAGAUGACGAGUGCAGUGGACAGUGCUCUGUGUGGUCAUCAACAGAUGACGAGUUCAGACGCUUCCUCCCCGGGCAGUGCGUGUUCCGAGUCAUCGUACGAUUCGCUCGGCUCCAUCGACGAUAAAGACAUUCUGCGAUUCUCUCGCUGGUUGACGCAGCUCUACUCCUCGGCCGUACACGACUCCAUCUCAGACACAGUUUCACAAGUACAAAGAGAAUCAGUGCAGAGUCAACUGUCCUGAAACUGUGGAGACCAACGUGGACUGGACAAUAG